UCCUAAACACAAAAAGACAAAUCCCUCUUUCCUAAGAGAUUUUUGGAUAGUCAUCUCUUACCUUGGUUUACCAUCUGUUUUUGUCUUCUUUGACUUUUUGGGUUAUAUCUCUUACUCCCUAAGUUAUUGUUAUAUAUUUUUACUAUUUCCUACCUACUAUAUAUUUACUUAUUAUGUUUCUAUAUACUUUUAUCUCUUUCUCUGGUCUUUCCUUCUCUUGCUACUUCUGAUGUCGGAUGAGUUGUGGAAUGACUUGCAAUACAUGGAUUUGGGGAGAGAUGACCCAGAACUGUUUAUUCCUCAUACGACUUACGCUGGUGUGUUAGCUAGAAACCGGCUCAGCUUGAUUGGGAGAACUCUUAAUCCCAGAGAACAAGACCUUAGGCGUGUGAUCUUCUAUCUACCGCAUCAUUGGGGUGUAGCUACGAGGGUUCAUGGAAGAAUAUUAGCUGACAGUUACGUUCAGUUCUUAUUCCAGUCCGAGGUUGAUCUUUUUAUGGUUCUACGAAGAGGACCCUGGGUGUUUGGCAACUGGUUUGUUGCUUUGCAAAGGUGGGAAGACUUUCCGGAGAUGGAUUUCCUUACUAGUAUUGAUCUUUGGGUCCAAAUUCGAGGUAUUCCUCUACCUUAUGUUUCCGAAGCCUCUGUUACGUAUAUUGCUAAAACUUUGGGGGAGGUUGUCUAUCUGGACUUUAAUGAAGAGACUUCGAAGCAGAUUGAUUUCAUCAGAGUUAAAAUAGGAAUUGGAAUUACAGAUCGUCUGCGUUUUUUCAGAAAAGUCCGAUUUGAAUCAGGGGAAGGAGCUAUGAUAGGCUUUGAGUACGAAAACCUCAAAAAGAUUUGUACUAACUGUUCUCGCUUCAACCAUGAUUCUGCCCACUGUCCAUAUUUUGUUCCACCUGUUGAUCUUGAUGAUAUCCUUGAGGUUCCAGCUGCUCAGGUUUUUAAAGUAGGAGAGGGUUCCAACAUCUUUAGCUUUCGUGACGAGAAACCUUCAUCUCAAAGUUCGGAGCUUUCCACUUCCUCUCUCAUAUCACAGCCACCAAGACCUACUAAUCCUGCUCCCAAUCUGGAGGAAUUCUUAACUGCUCACCCCCUCAGAACUAGCUUUUCCUCAAGCUCAGACUUCCUAGGAGCCUCAUUAAAAGUUAAGAACGACAGCAGAGAGAAAGACAAAGUUAACUAUGACGAUGGAGAGUGUUCUAAACGCAGGAAAGGCAAACAGGUUCAGUCAGAAACAGAGAGAAACACUCGCCCACGAUGGAGAGCAUGGUUUAUCACCAUUGAUGGUUGUUGCUUUAGUUUGUCAUAUAUAUAAAACGUACUUUGGAAAAAAAAAAACAAACCAAAAAUCUGAAACUAUGAAAUGUAAUAAAUUAUAUUACUGCCAAGGAGAAUUUUAUCCCAAUAAUGAAAUGAGAAAAGCUAAUCGAAAAUGUUGAAGAUU